AUGGACACUUUCAUCCCUGGUAAAAACCUCAGAAAUCCUGAAAAACUCGCCCUAAAGCAAGCUAAUAAUGCCUAUGCUGAUUGUAUUGCUAAGAAUUUCCUUGGAGAGUGGCUAAAAGGUGCCAAUCUCAGCAUUAAUGAAGUCUGCUAAGAGGAAUACACAAAGAUGCAAGAACUAGAUGGUGAGAACUAUCCCCCACUUCCAUUCAAAUUGGACACAUAAUGA